AUGAUUCUGCGUCACGUCAUGAACAACAGGCCUCCUGGAAGAGCUAGCUCUGCGCGCCAGAACAUUGCACAUCGACACCCACCGCGUGGCAGCCGUCUGACGCGCGAGCAAAUUGCACGGCUUAAUACUUUUGCAAGGGCUGCUGCACUCGGCCGCGCGAGUCGCCCACCUCUGCGCUUCCAAUCUGCUAGUAGGUCGUAUCGAGUUGCUGACCCGCGCAAUGUAUCUUCGCACAGCUGCAACUCUGGAAUCAAUGUGCCUACUCGGCAUCAUCCGCAGAGACCCGAUGAUGAUGCCUCAUCACCGACUCCCGCAGCCAACGACAUGGACACAGUGUCUCCUACUAAGCUGGAGGGAAACGCUACCGAGGCCGAGUCCGAGAAAUCGCUGCAGAAAUAUCUGAUUCGGCAGCAGAUUCUUGCGGGCGUACAGCCAGAGAAGAUUGCGCCUAUUCGUGCUCAAGAGGUGGUGAAUCGGCCUACUGCUCCGGUUCUCCUCCAGGUCAGAAACGAUGUUCUCGCCGUGCCUGAGCUGCCUCCUGCGCAGUUCAGCGGACCGCUUCAGCCUCUUCGAAUCAUGCCACGGGGAGCUCUUGGGCAAGUUGUCACUGGAUUGGAGACCGCGCUGGUCAGCCGUCGUGCCAAAACAGAACCCAAAUCUGGAUCCGAAGACGACAAAACGCCUCAGACACCACAGCGGUCCGCAAAAACUCGCUACAUGACACGCUCCGUCGCACGCCGCACCAGGGAGCAGAACGAGCAUCACGCACCGGAGCCUGAGCCUGAGCCUCAAACAGCAGCAACGGCAACACUCAAGAGUGAGUCUGGAUCCACGCCACCUGUGCACCCUCCACGCCUUCAUCCACCUCACCCAUCUGCCCCCGACGACAACAACCCCAACAACGCCUUCACCCUCGAGAAUCCCCUUGAAGAAACCCCCGCGAAGGAGCAGCAGACAAUCAUCCCGCACAACAACUUCGACAUCAUCUCCGCGCUGGCCGAAUACCCGGACCUCACCAUCAUGGUCUGCGACCUCCUCCCCCCCGAGGCGAUCCUAACCCUGAGCACCGUCUCGCGCCCCUUCCACCAAACCCUCCACACCAACCUCCCGACAAUCAUUACCCACCAGCUCCUCCAACAAACCCACAACCACCCCGUCUACCAAACUAGUAACAUCCCAGCCCCUCUCACCAUGACCAUCGCCGACUCCUUCCCCCUCCUCUGCUACCCCACCCUCUACACAACCAACGAGUCCACCAACCUCAUCACCCCAAAGCUCGCCUACCUCCUGAUGCUCGCCUCCCGCGCCGCCACCAUCAGAUCCAUCCUCACCACUCUCCACGCCAAGGGCAUCGUCCUGCCCGCGCGCACCGACCUCGUCCUCCGCAAGGUGUGGUUUCUGAUGGACAUCCCCGACAAUCAUCGCCGGGAGUGGACGGUGCGCAAUCGCAAUCUCUGGUCGGAUCUGGAGUUGUUUCUCGCGGCGUAUUUCGUGGUCCAGGUUGAUACGGUGCUGGAGGCGUCAAAGAGGUGGGAGGGGAGGCGCUGGUGGGGAGUCAGGGUCGGGUGUUUUGCUCGGCGGGAUUUGGGGGUGUUGGCCGCGGUGUUGCGAGGGGAGGGAGAGGGAGGUGCUGGUGAACUUCAAAUUAGUGGUGAUGCCGGUGUUGCUGUUGCUGUUGCUAAGGAUGAUGCAGCUGAAGCUACUAGUAGUAGUGCGGAGACUGGAACCAACACCGCAACAAGUAUCGCUAGUAUGAUCGCUGCACCUGCCAAUCCAACCGACACAAACACUAGUAACACUAACACCUCCGAACCACUACUACCCCAAGACCCUCAAGAACACCAACUCGGGAAUCUGCAAAACGAACACGACGGACGGAAGAACGGACUCGAGACAGUCAAGUUGCUGCGGCCCGACGAGUGGAUCAUGAGAGAGGUCCUGCACAGAGGGCUGGAUCUGCAGGCCAUGUACAAGACCGUGUGCGGGGAAGGACGACACGACCAGUACGAGACUCCCGGCAUUGCGGGCCAGAGGGUCACUUGGGAUGAGCAGAUGCGGAUGGCGACGUUGAAAACUCAGGUCGAGUGGAUGGAGGUGGUGAGGUUAGACCGGUAGAUCGGAGUACUGUAUUGUACAGUGUUUAAACCAUGUUUUGAUAGGGAGCCGUGCUUCAGUUUCGGCGGGGUAGUAUGGAGAUGGG